CCGGCAUGCAGCGUCAAAAGGGCCUAGGUCGUAAUGCGAGAGAUUGAGGAUAAAGACGUUUUGAUAGACGGUUGCAUUCUUGGGACAGAGCCCACAGCUAUCUCUAUAGCAAAAAUAUACCAGCUUUGUACCAAGGUGAAUAUGGAGGGAGACAUUAUGUGUGCAGUGAGCGACAUUUGAACUCAUAAUCCUUGGUGUAGGUAUCGUCUGCUCACCGCUCCGUCACCAGCCAAACGACUGUUUGGGAGACAACAUUUGGUGUGACCAUGAAUCUGUAUCUGGACGCGAUCGCAGAUAAUAAACAACAGUACUAGUUAAUCAUCUGUGAAGACUAAAUUUGUUCCGUCUUUAAAAGAAAGGUUGUGGGAUGAUCCAGAAUGGCCUAUUAUGAAAAAAUAAAAGUGGGACUACCUUACACAAUUUUUGAGUUGGAUGACCGAAAGAUAUGCAGCAAACCAGGAAUAAACUUGUUACAAAAGAAGAAGAGGGUGGCAUGCACAUCAUUAACAAAAAUGCUGGCAAUAAUGUGCUAGCUAAUCUUCAAGAUUUUCGGACAAAGGAAAUUUUGUAUGAUGUUGUUUUGAAGAUAGAAGAUCAGAUGAUCUUUGCCCAUCGGAGCAUCCUUGCCAUAAGCAGUGAAUACUUUAGGGCUAUGUUUGUGGACCACUUUAAGGAGCACCAUACUUUGGAGGUGACGCUUGAAUCAGUUUCAGCAGAAAGUGCAGCAAGUCUGGUGGAUUAUAUGUAUACUGGGCACUUGAAUGUGACUAAGGAAGGUGUACAAUACCUGAUAGUUGUAGCAGACCAGUGGCAAAUGACAGAUGUGAAGGAUCUGUGUGCUAAGUUUAUGGAACAGCAGCUUGAACCUGCCAACUGUUUAGGUGUCUGGGAAUUUGCAGAGAGGUAUCAUUGUGACAUGUUACAAAUACAGAGUGAACAGCUUCUGAAACAACGAUUUCCAGCAAUUGUGUUGACUCCAGAGUUUCUUACUUUAUCUUUUGAACGGCUAUUAAAGAUUCUGAAAUUCAGGGACAUCACACUCGGCUACAAAGGUGAAGACGUUGUUUUGGAAGCAGUUAUGCGAUGGGUGAACCACAGCUAUGAUAGUCGAAUUGAUAACCUGACAAGACUGCUACGUCGGGUAAACUUGGCAAGCACAUCGGCAGAAUGUCGGAGACAGUUCCUUGAGAGUAAUAGUCGCUUGCUGGCAGAUCCAGUUUUGAAAGAGGUUGUGGAAAGUCAGCUAAAGAUGCCUAAGCAGCAGCGUAGUACACAGGCCAUGAUCGUUGUUAUAGGAGGGUUCUUGCAACCCCGGACAGGGCCCAAGAACCCAAGACUACAAGGUGUAGAGAAGACAGAUCCUCGUUCCAAUUCCUGGUCUUCUCUAGCGGAUUUUCCAAUGAAAAGUUCAGGAGCAGUAGCCCUUAACCUUCGUGGUCAUUUAUUUUGUUUGGCAUAUGAACCUGUUGAAAAUCGCCGUGGUGCCACCCUAGUCACAGAAACAAGAAUUUUUGAAUUUGACUUGGUGAAAAACCAGUGGCUUGAUGCAAGGAGCAACUUUUCAGAUCAGGUCUUGACGUGUAUAGAUGAGUGUUUGCAAGCUUCUGGUGCAGUGACCGUGUGUGAGGAAACAAGUGUGAUCUACACUGUGUCUGGUACUGAGGUAUGUAGGAUACCUUUCACGGAACUUGAUGGAAAUAUCUUUUGUAAGCAAGUGCAUUAUUUGCCCAAACCUGCUGAAUACAUGUCGCCAUCACAUUGUAUGCAUUCAGCCAUUGUGGUAAACCAAAACUUGUAUGUGCUUGGUGGUGGUGACAAGGCACAGAGAUCUGACACUGUACCUUCUAACAUAGUCAUCAUGUUUGACCCCAGUGAAGGUGUUUGGACCCGCAAGAAUGGAAUGAUUGAACAACGUUUGAAAAUGGAUGUUGCAACAAUAAACGGUCAGAUCUAUGCCAGUGGUGGGUUCAACAUUCAUCGGCUAAAUACUGUAGAGUGCUAUAAUCCUCAAACAGACAUGUGGCUGAGAGUGCAACACAUGAACUGGGGGCGCAGCCACCACAAGAUGCUAGCACUCAAUGGAAGGCUGUGGGCUAUAGGCGGAAAAUCAUACUCUUCUGGAAACCAGGCACCUAGAGAUGUGUUAAAUUCAUGUGAAGUAUAUGAUCCUGAUCAGAACAAAUGGACAGAGGGGCCCAGCAUGAGACACGCUCGCUGUAAUUUUGCAGCCACUGUUUUGUAGUCAUGUGUCCUUCAGCAAAACUAAUAAGAACCAACGAUCUCCUAUCACUGCUAGUGUAGCAUUUUCAAAUUGAGAUGUGUACAUAUACAUAUGAUAUAUAAAGAAUAAACUUCCAGCAUACUGUGUGUGCAUGCAGUAAUAUUUAUGGGUAACUGUUUAUGUGUAUGUCUUGUACAAGGAACAGGAUGCAAAAAAGGGAUUGGCUUUAGGGUGGUAUUACAGUGUUGUUGAGUCAGAGAUGUUCACCUGUUUGGUUUUUUGGUAUUUUGUACAAAAAAGCUGCAAAACACAGAAAUAUAAUUUUUGAACUGAU